CUUUUGGAGGAAAGCUGCUCAAACCGGUCAAUUGAUUAAGUCGUGCGCAUGCGCAGGAUCAUUCCUCGGAACUCGCAGUUGCUCACUGCUGCCCGUCCAUCAUGGAGCAGCAGAUCUUCGGCACUGGCUUGGGAUAGAGCUGUUUUAUCGCGACCUACUCCAUUACCACGGCAAUUAGGAUCGCCACCGUGCCGCAACUUCUCCGCCUCCAGAAAGACCUCCUCGAUCUUUGAUGCGAACUCCACAAUAUAUGCACUCUCCACUGCCCCCGGGCGAGCCGCCAUUGCCGUCGUGCGAGUGUCAGGUCCAGCGUGCGUGCAGAUCUACAACGCUCUUUCCCCCUCCGCAUCCCUCCCUCGUCCCCGCCUCGCCGCAGUCCGUACUCUUUACGACCCUCUACGACCCCCUUCCUCGGACACCAUCCUCGAUGCCGCGGCGUUGGUGCUAUACUUCCCCGGCCCGAAAACCGUUACGGGAGAGGACGUGCUCGAACUUCACUUGCAUGGCGGCCCGGCAAUCGUCAAAUCCGUAUUGGCCGCAAUCGCCAGCAUUGACCUAUCCUCAUCGCUGUCCUCAUCGUCAGCUACAACAACGCUGAACAAUGAAGUCACAGACAAGCCUCCGCGCAGGGGAGGAGUGAAGGGGGACCCAAUCCGCUAUGCUGAACCUGGCGAGUUCACGCGCCGGGCCUUCCUCAACAACCGCCUCGACCUCCCGCAGAUUGAAGCGCUUGGGGAGAUCCUGCACGCCGAGACGGAACAGCAGCGCCGGAUCGCCGUGCGCGCGAGUAACAGUGAUGAUGGCGACGGGAACGCGUUGUCGAAACGCUACGAGCAGUGGCGGCACCAACUCCUCUACGCGCGCGGUGAGCUGGAGGCGUUGAUCGAUUUCGCCGAGGAUCAGCAUUUCGAUGAGUCGCCCCUGGAGCUGGUCGGGUCGGUGAGCGACCAGGUGCGCGCGCUCCAGGCGCAGAUCCAGUUGCAUAUCGGGAAUGCGGCCAAGGGGGAGUUGUUGCGUAGCGGGAUCCGUGUGGCGUUGCUGGGGGCGCCCAACGCGGGCAAGAGCUCGCUGCUGAACCGCGUGGUGGGCCGUGAGGCGGCCAUCGUCAGUACGGAGGAAGGCACCACAAGGGAUAUCGUCGAUGUUGGGGUGGAUGUCGGGGGCUGGUUUGUGCGACUAGGCGAUAUGGCGGGGAUCCGGUCGGCUGAGGCGGCGGAUGGCAGCACGACCCAGGGCGUGGUGAUCGGGGCCGUCGAGAAGGAGGGUAUCCGGAGGGCUAAGGCUCGAGCGCUGGAGUCGGAUGUUGUUGUCGUAGUGGUCUCGCUUGAGGAGGGCGGAGAGGCAGGCGCGUCUUCACGUUUGGCCGUCGAGAGCGAGGUUGUGGAUGCGGCUAAUGAGUGUGCGCGCGCCGGCCGCUGCGUUGUCGUCGCCGUCAAUAAGUGCGACCGGUUGCCCCGUCAGGGUCGCCUUCCUGACCAGCUGAUGACCACGGUCCGGAGCUUGUUUCCCGAUGUGCCGGACCGGCGCAUCUUCGGCAUCUCCUGUCUCGAUGCCCGCCAGGAGAUGAGGUCGGGAUCCGGUCAGCAAGACCCGGGCCACAUCCAGCGCUUUCUACAGGGCUUGAUCGCUACCUUUGAGGAGCUUGCCUCCCCGGCGGGCAUUGACGAAGACGCCAACGGCCAGUACGACCGGUCCUACUGGGAGGACUCCCUCGGAGUUACUCACCGACAGAGCUCAAAUCUACAACGCUGUCUAGAAGACCUCGACGAGUUCCUAAUCCAAACCCAGCCAUCAACUUACCAUAAACACAGGUUCGAGGAGGAAGUCGACAUCGUCACCGCGGCCGAGAACCUUCGUGCAGCUGCCGAUGCCCUGGCUAAAAUUACGGGUAAGGGCGAGAGUGGAGACGUGGAGGAUGUGCUUGGAGUAGUGUUCGAGAAGUUCUGCGUUGGAAAAUGAACAAGAUAGCCCGCCCUGAGUAAUCAAGGGAACAACUGCAAUCGCCAUGUCAC